CUGUCACGUAAACGUCAUCGGGGGGGAUUUUUCCUUCACAGUUCACAGAAAAAUUACUGAUACAGAACAGCGACAGAAGUGGCGCGUUGCGUGUAUAAAGUCUGCAGGUGGGGCCGAAUAAAUUCACACGAAAAAACACAAUUUUUGGACUCCAUAACCCGAAAAAGUAACUGAAGAAAAUGCAUCGAGCAAGAACCCUGGCUAAUGCCAUAGCAGGGGUGCCUGGACAGACAUUUGCCUCUUGGCUGGUCAAAAACACACCGGCAACUUUCCAAUGUGCCCAGUGUCGCUACUACAAUGUCCCGGCAGCAGCUGAGCCUUUCUUAAAUGGUAGUUCCAGUCAGUAUGUUGAAGAUAUGUAUAAUGCUUGGCUGAGGGAUCCUGCUAGUGUACACGCAUCAUGGGACGCCUUCUUCCGCAACUCCCAAACCGGGGGCGCAGGCUACUCGGCUCCCCCGUCACUCGCCCCACCCAGAAAGAACGAGGUGCCCCUCGGCGCGGUUAUACCAUCAUUAGGCGCAUCCGGCGCCCUGGGAGCCUCCGGUAUCAGCGAAAAGAUCAUCGACGACCAUUUGGCCGUACAGGCCAUCAUAAGAAGUUACCAGAUCCGGGGCCACCACAUAGCGAAACUGGACCCGUUGGGGAUCAACGAGGCCGACCUGGACGACCAGACCCCCCAAGAGUUGAUUUACAAAAAUUAUAAUUUUGACAGACCGUCCAGAACGUAUUCAGAAGAACUACGUCGGCAGGUUCAAGAGUUCAUGCGACAUGAAAACGACAUGGACAGGGUGUUCAAGUUGCCCUCCACCACGUUUAUCGGCGGUAAGGAGAAGGCUCUGCCCCUCAGGGAGAUUUUAAGGCGAUUGGAGUUGGCUUAUUGCAGACACAUCGGGGUCGAGUUUAUGUUUAUUAACAGUUUGGAGCAGUGCAAUUGGAUCAGGCAGCGGAUGGAGACCCCAGGGUGUAUGGAGCUCACUCACGACCAAAAAAGGUUGACUUUGGCACGGUUAACGCGAGCUACAGGAUUCGAGUCGUUCCUAUCUCGAAAAUGGUCCUCCGAAAAACGUUUCGGUCUCGAGGGUUGCGAGAUCCUAAUACCCGCAAUGAAAACGGUCAUCGAUAAAUCGACCGAACUGGGCGUGGAGAGCAUCGUAAUGGGAAUGCCCCACAGGGGGCGUCUCAACGUUUUGGCGAACGUGUGCAGGAAACCGCUUUACCAACUGUUCACCCAGUUCGCCGGCUUGGAGGCGGCCGACGACGGUUCCGGCGACGUCAAGUACCACUUGGGCACCUACAUCGAACGUUUAAAUCGCGUGACGAACAAAAACAUCCGGUUGGCCGUGGUGGCGAACCCCUCGCACUUGGAAACGGUCGAUCCGGUCGUCGAAGGGAAAACUAGGGCGGAACAGUUUUAUAGGGGCGACGGUGAAGGCAAGAAGGUUAUGUCCUUGUUGCUCCACGGCGAUGCCGCUUUCUCCGGUCAAGGUGUCGUCUUUGAGACUAUCGGGUUAUCGGAACUGCCCGACUAUACCACCCACGGUACCGUGCAUAUUGUCGUGAAUAACCAGAUUGGGUUCACUACCGAUCCUAGGUAUUCUAGGUCAUCACCCUACUGUACAGAUGUCGCACGUGUCGUAAACGCUCCGAUUUUCCACGUAAACGCCGACGAUCCCGAAUCCGUUAUUCACGUGUGCAACAUCGCCGCCGAUUGGAGGGCCACUUUCCACAAGGACGUCGUUAUUGACUUGGUUUGCUAUCGGAAAUUCGGUCAUAACGAACUGGACGAGCCGAUGUUCACCCAACCGCUCAUGUACCGGAAAAUCAGGAGCAUGAAAACGUGCUUGGACAAAUAUGCCGAACAGUUGACUUCUGAGGGUGUGGUAACUGAUGACGAGGUCAAAGACGUGAAAGCAAAAUACGAGAAAAUCUGCGAGGAUGCCUUGGAACGUGCUAGAAAGGAAACCCAUAUAAAGUACAAGGAUUGGAUCGAUAGCCCUUGGUCUGGGUUCUUCGAAGGGAAAGACCCCCUGAAGGCUGCCAAGACGGGUAUAGUCGAAGACACCCUGGUGCACAUCGGUAAACGGUUCUCCUCGCCACCUCCCAAUGCGGCCGAAUUUAUCAUCCACAAGGGUAUCGAGCGUAUCUUAAAAUCGCGCAUGGAAAUGGUAGAGAACCGAACGGCCGAUUGGGCGUUAGGCGAAGCGAUGGCCUUCGGAUCGUUAUUGAAGGAAGGCAUUCACGUGAGAUUGUCCGGACAGGACGUCGAGAGAGGCACUUUCUCUCAUAGGCAUCACGUUUUACAUCAUCAGACGGUCGAUAAGGCCACUUACAGACCUUUAUGCAACUUAUACCCCGACCAGGCGCCAUACACGGUCUGCAACAGCUCCCUCUCCGAAUACGGCGUCUUGGGCUUCGAACUAGGUUAUUCGAUGACCAAUCCGAACGCCUUGGUAAUAUGGGAGGCGCAAUUCGGCGAUUUCGCCAACACCGCUCAAUGCAUCAUCGACACCCUGCUGGCCAGCGGUCAAUCGAAAUGGGUGCGACAAACCGGGCUGGUGAUGCUCCUGCCCCACGGCAUGGAGGGUCAGGGUCCGGAACAUUCGAGCGCACGCCUCGAACGUUUCCUGCAAAUGUCCUCCGACGAUCCCGAUUAUUUCCCGCCGGAAACGGAGGAUUUCGCCGUGCGCCAAUUGCACGACAUCAAUUGGAUCAUCGCGAAUUGCACCACGCCCGCGAACUUUUUCCACUUGUUGAGGAGGCAGAUCGCUUUGCCGUUCAGGAAGCCGCUGAUUGUUAUGACCCCCAAGAGUUUACUGAGACAUCCGGAGGCCAGGAGUUCUUUCGAUGAAAUGAUCGAAGGUACGGAUUUCCAAAGGAUUAUCCCGGAACAAGGAAAGGCCGCAGAGAACCCCGACGGGGUGAAAAAGUUGAUUUUCUGCUCCGGAAAAGUGUAUUACGAUAUUAUCAAGGCCAACAGGGAAUUGGGACUGGAGGAUAAAAUCGCGCUCAUGCGUGUCGAACAAUUGACUCCGUUCCCGUUCGAUUUGAUCAAGAAAGAGUGCGAAAAGUAUCCGAACGCUCAGAUCGCUUGGGCACAGGAGGAGCACAAGAACCAGGGCGGAUGGACGUACGUGAGACCCCGUUUCGAGACCACUUUGGCCGGACAGAGGGAGGUGAUACCUACUAAAAAAGGGUGGUUCAGUAGUUGGUUCGGUAAAGACGAGCCCAAAUCAGAUCCGAAUGUCGUACCUGACGAGCGAGUUGUCAGUUACAUCGGAAGGCCGGUAUCUUCGAGUACAGCGACCGGAAGCAAAGCCCAACAUCUCAAAGAACUUAAGAAUUUACUCGAUGACGCCACCAGGCUGUAAUUAUUUUAAUUAUACAACAGUUUAGCCCUUUUAAAAAAAAAGGAGAUUUUCGGACCUUAGAGGUAUUUUCUCCCCCAAUGCACCCGAUAACUUGUUGAUUUAUUCUUAAGAUUCUAAAACACUAGUGUUAUAUUUCUGUAAUAAUAAUAUAAUAGAUUAGUGUUAAGGAAUGCACCAAAAUUUACACACACAAGAUAAUCAUCAAAGCAAAACUUAUUAUUUUUUUUUGUGUAUAGUGUACAUAGUCACUUUUCUCCUUAUGUGUAUAUUUUUUUAAACUCGAAAACCAGGGAGGAAUAUUUUUUAAAAAUGUGAUGUUGUUAAGAGUCAAAAAGUAUUGCUAACAUUGAAAGUUGUAUGGUUAAGGUAUUCGGCAAGUAUUGUAUUAUUAUUUAUUUAUUUUGUGUUUUUUCCUUUUUUUUUGGAGUAAGAGAUAUUUUCAAGUGAAAUAAAUAUUUGUUGCUUUAUCACAA